UAACGCGGAAGUUAUCAGGAAAACCAACGAAUGAGUGCGUGCGUCUUCUAACAACUGAAGCGACGUCGCUUGAAUGGAACCCAUAGAAGGAGUGGUUGGAUAAACAAAGCCCGUUUAUACUUUAAAAAAAAAGUCAUUAGGCAAGGAGUGUGUGCUGGUUCUGACCACGAUGAAGGUGGUGAAUUUGAAGCAAGCCAUUCUGCAGGCAUGGAAAGAGCAAUGGAGCGACUACCAGUGGGCGAUUAACAUCAAGAAAAACUUUCCAAAGGGGGCAACUUGGGACUACCUCAACUUUGCAGAGGCGCUGAUGGAGCAGGCGAUGAUCGGUCCAUCUCCCAACCCGCUCAUCUUGUCCUACCUUAAAUAUGCCAUAAAUUCACAGAUGGCGUCUUAUUCCAGCGUGCUCACAGCCAUCAGCAAGUUCGACGGCUUUUCCCGUGAGCUGUGUGUCAAAUCGCUGUUGGAGAUAAUGGACAUGUUCUGCCAUCGUCUCAACUGCCACGGGAAGGCGGAGGAAUGCAUCGGACUGUGUCGGGCCCUGCUGGCCGUGGUGGUGUGGCUGCUGCAGGGCUGUGAUUUUUACUGUGAGAAACUGCGAGAACUCGGUCCCUCAGCUAGCACAGAGGCCAUUCUCAGAGCCUGCCAGGAAAGACUGCACGGUCUGAUGAGCAGCACCAAGAACAGAGCUCUGGUCCACAUUGCCCGGCUGGAAGAUCUAGGUUCCUGGGGUAAUGUUGAGCAAGCAAUGAUUAAAGUGACAGAAGGCCUCUGUAAUGUACCUAACCAGAUGCUGAGGACUUCAAUAGAGGAAACGAUUUCUUUGGUGAAAAGUAUUCCCCAGAUGCUCUCUGUACAGUGUGAGCCUCCAGCUCAUGCCUCCUUUCCAUCUGUCCAUGCUUUCAUCAUGCUGGAGGGCACCAUGAAUCUGACGGGGGAGACCCAGCCUCUGGUGGAGCAGCUGAUGAUGAUCAAGCGAAUGCAGAGAAUUCCUGGUCCUCUGUUCGUCCUGGAGAUCUGGAAGGCCUGUUUCACCGGCCUCAUCGAGUCACCAGAGGGCACCGAAGAGCUAAAAUGGACCGCCUUCACUUUCCUCAAGAUUCCACAAGUUCUGCUCAGACUAAAGAAAUAUCCUCAAGGAGACAAAGGGCAGGAUUUUACGGAGGAUGUAAAUAUUGCGUUUCAAUACCUGCUGAAACUGACACCACUGCUGGAUAAAGCAGAUCAGAGAUGCAAUUGUGAUUGCCUCGGCAUGCUCCUGCAGGAGUGCAACAAGCUUGGACUGUUGUCAGAUUCUAACACAGAAGGCCUCACGUCAAAACGGAAUGAAGACAGGGAGUUUGCCCCACGGCUAAAAACGGCAGAAAAUGCAAACAUCCAGCCUAACCCAGGCCUCAUCCUCAGAGCUGAGCCAACUGUCACAAAUAUACUCAAGACAGUAGAUGCUGACCACUCGAAAUCCCCCGAGGGCCUCCUUGGGGUUCUUGGUCACAUGCUGUCAGGGAAGAGCCUGGAUCUGCUCCUGGCAGCAGCAGCAGCCACCGGGAAACUCAAAUCCUUUGCCAGGAAAUUUAUUAAGCUCAAUGAGUUUCCCAAGCAUAUCAGCGGCGAAGGAUCUAAGUCUGCGUCGGUUCGUGCCCUGCUCUUUGACAUUUCCUUCCUCAUGCUCUGUCAUGUGGUGCAGACAUACGGGUCAGAGGUGAUCCUGUCAGACCCCAGUCCUUCAGGGGAGACGCCCUUUUUCGAAACAUGGCUGCAGACAUGCAUGCCUGAGGAGGGCAAGACUCUGAAUCCGGACCACCCAUGCUUCAGACCCGAGCCUGGAAAGGUGGAGAGUCUGGUGACUCUGCUGAACAACUCCUCGGAAAUGAAACUAGUUCAGGUGAAGUGGCAUGAAAUCUGCCUCAGCACUCCGGCAGCUAUUCUAGAAGUUCUCAACGCGUGGGAGAAUGGUGUGCUUUCUGUGGAGACGGUACAGAAGAUCACUGACAACAUCAAGGGGAAGGUGUGCAGCAUGGCCAUUUGUGCCGUAGCGUGGCUGGUAGCGCAUGUGAGGAUGCUGGGACGGGAUGAGAGAGAGAAGCCUCAGACUAUGAUCCGGCAGCUCGUGACUCCUCUCUAUGCGGAGAACACCCUGCAGUUUUACAACGAACGCGUGGUGAUAAUGAGCUCCAUCAUGGAGCACAUGUGCGCGGACGUCUUCCAACAAACGGGCGCCCUGCUGCGUUCGCCGAUAGAAGGCCAAGAGCCGAUCCCGUACCGCAACCUGCUGCCUGCCAAAGAACCCAUCCACAAUUCCCUCAGCCAACAGUUCCAGGUGGUGCUGCGCAAAGGCUGGGUGGACAGUCGGGCUCUGCAUCUGUUCGAGAGUCUCCUCAACAUGGGAGGGGUCUUCUGGUUUACCAACAAUCUGGUCAAGGAACUGCUUAAGGAAACUCGACAGGAGUGGGCCAGCCGGGUGGUAGAGUUGCUCUACAGCAUCUUCUGCCUGGACACCCAGCAGAUCACGCUGACUCUGCUGGGUACCAUAUUGCCCAACCUUCUCACGGACUCGGCUCACUGGCACAGCCUGCCAGACCCUCCUGGAAAGGCCUUGGCCAAGUUGUCGGUGUGGUGUGCCCUCAGCUCCUACUCCUCCCACCACAAAGGCCCCUUCUCGGCUCGUCAGCGGAAAAGGCAGAGAGAAGAUAUCGAGGACUACAACAGCCUCUUUCCAUUGGACGACACUCAGCCAUCUAAACUCAUGCGGCUCCUCAGCUCCAACGAGGACGAACCUGUCGCUCUCUCCAGUCCAGGAGACCGAUCUAUGAGCAGUUCCCUGUCGCCAUCCCAGCUUCACUCCGUCAACAUGAGGGAACCUCUCAAUAGAGUCUUGGCCAACCUCUUCCUCCUCUUUUCCUCCAUCUUGGGCUCCAAGAUGGCAGGGCCUCACACCCAGUUUGUGCAGAGUUUUAUUGAGGAGUGCGUCGAGUGCCUGGAGCAGGGAAGCCGUGGGAGCAUUCUGCAGUUCAUGCCUUUCACAAUGGUCUCUGAGCUGGUGAAGCUGCCAGCUCUGGCCAAGCCCAAAGUCGUCCUGGCCAUCACUGACCUGACGUUGCCGCUGGGGAGGAGAGUCGCUGCCAAAGCCAUCUCUGCGCUUUAACUUUCUAGUUCCUCCCGUCCCAAACUCACUGACUUGACACAUUUCACAUGAAAUGACAAUGCCGGGUAAAAACAGCACUCAGACUGAAAGAACAGUGGCUGGAUCAACCGAAUUACUGGACGUCUCUCAUUUCUUUUUACCAGACCAUGUUUGUUUAGACCAAUUUUGGCUGUUGCUACGAUGCUGUGGAGAUCUGAGGAUCUUAAUCAUCUUCUUACUGAGAGUGGUCACAUUCUGCGGUCUUUCACAUGACAUUACGAGGGAAUCAUCCUCCGGGUGACAGUUGGUCAUCUGCCACUUGCGACACAUCCUCGAGGAAAUCUGUCUGGCAGCGGUGAAGACGACAUGACGUCGGAAACCUCCGUUUCACUUUUAGUUCCACUUGUCGGCUUCACAGAAAUUUUGGAAACAUCAUGAGUGGGCAGCUUGUGUCAGCAAGUGCCACAACCUGUUGAGUCACUGCUAUGGUAUUCUCAAAAACGAACAAUUAUGUUUGCAGGAUUUUUUUUUUUAUUACUGAGACGUCAGAAAAUGGCAUGUAUAAGGUUUUAAAUAGCAAUACAAAAAUAAUGAGUUUCUUUUUAAUGCAACACCAUCUGUAACGUCUUUAAUAUGUGCCCAAAACUCAGUAAUAUGAGUACCUGGUCAUACAGCCGACAAAUGUUUUUCAAAAAAAUAUAUUCCCUAAAUAAAUACAUUCCGUCUCUAGAAAUAAAUACAUAAAUAAAAAUAGAUUUUAGCAAAUAAAUAAUCUGCAGACAGAUCAAUAAAUACCAUAACAAAAAAAUGUCAACGUAGGCUUUUUGGCUCGGGCCAAAACUAGAGUAUGACGGCCGCUGAUCAGCUCUCCUUCUCAUCAUCAUCCUCAUCAUUGCUGCGGUCCAGACUCCUGAGGCAGCGGGCCACGUCCUGGCUGAACGUCUGGAGCUGGACCAGGGUGAGGUGCGCCGCCACCUGGACCUCAUAAUCCCCCGGGAGCCGCAGUUCCACCGAGGCUGACGUGGGAGGGACUGCGUCUGAAGUUUGGCUCAUUUUUUCCAUCUGCGAGACAUCAGGAAGUCGUCGUGAGCGCAAGAUGUGAUGUGAAGCAUUUUUUGUUCAGAACAGUGAUCAGAAGAAUCUCUUUACCUUAACAACCUGGACUUUAAGAUCUCUAAUAUCAGCCAUCAAUGCAACCACUUUCUCUUUCACUUUUAGUCGAGGGGAGAUGGAACUCAGUAAGCCGUGGUGCAGCUGCAGGCCAUCAUGCAUGGCUCUCAAACCUGAUUCCUAAUAGAGGGAGGAGAGCGACCUGAUUACGUUUGGGUUUUUAAUCAACAUUACUUCUCAUACAGAAUAUAGUUUUCAGGAAGAAGCUUACCAGAGUGAAGUUUUCAGAAACCGCCCUGAGUAGAGGAGCCGGGGGGAUGCCAAUAGUGGACGCCAUGGUUGCAAGCUUGGUAUUUUCUGAAGAAGUCAACUGUAGGGUCUGUGAUAAAGAGAUGAUGUGUAGAUGCAAAAUGUUAAAAUACUUUGUGAAAAUAAAGACAGAUUCUGAGAAAGUUA